AAAAAAACAGCAGUAUUUGUCUAUAUUUUCUUUUCUGUCGAGAUGCACAUCCAGGUCGAGGAGCGUGUGUUUUCUUCCAUUGCAGAUUCAAGUGGAUGUCUUGGUAGUGCGCUUGUGGCAGGUGAUUCCAACGUACAUCGUAUCCAAGCAGCGAUUCCAAAUUGGUCCACUAUUCGAUGCCUCCCAGUAUCAGGAGAGUCACUGAGGUAUGUGAUAGUAUCCACGAGACGAGUCCGGAAACUGAGAUUGUUUUAUGUUCUAUUCUGCCACGAAAAAAGAAUGACAGACGAGUAUCUUCAACAUUAGCGAGAGUCUUCAACAGAUGGAUCCAGAAUGCUAACACCAUGCUAAUGGACAUUUCAGAGGCCAUCCCAUACAUCAGAUUCCUUGGAUAUGGAGCUCAGGAAUGUGCUGAUGUGUUGGGUCGUGAUGGACUUCAUCUGAGUCGUGUUGGUGGUAGACAUUGUAGUCAGGUGAUUGAGGAGGAUGUGUAUUCCUGGAGUGAAAUAGCCUAUCAGCAGGAUGUACAUUGGAAUGAAGACAUACGCCAACCACAUUCAGCAGAGAUUGAUGCAUCAAGCUUUGACCAGUGCCUGGCAGCUGCUGUUGAACCAGUCAGUGACCAGAAUGUCCAGGCCAGCAAGCAGCCUUUGUACUCGGAAAUAGUCCGUUUGCCAGCAGCUGAAGUUCCAGAUGUUACCCUCAGUGCAGCAUAA